UUAGUUUUGAUAAAGGUUGUUAGUUUAUUUCAGUUAGUAUUAUUAAAGGUUGUUUGUUUAUUUCAGUUAGUUUUCAUAAAGGUUGUUUGUUUAUUUCAGUUAGUUUUGAUAAAGGUUGUUUGUUUAUUUCAGUUAGUUUUGAUAAAGGUUGUUUGUUUAUUUCAGUUAGUUUUGAUAAAGGUUGUUAGUUUAUUUCAGUUAGUAUUAUUAAAGGUUGUUUGUUUAUUUCAGUUAGUUUUGAUAAAGGUUGUUUGUUUAUUUCAGUUAGUUUUGAUAAAGGUUGUUAGUUUAUUUCAGUUAGUAUUAAUAAAGGUUGUUUGUUUAUUUCAGUUAGUUUUGAUAAAGGUUGUUUGUGUAUUUCAGUUAGUUUUGAUAAAGGUUGUUAGUUUAUUUCAGUUAGUAUUAAUAAAGGUUGUUAGUUUAUUUCAGUUAGUUUUCAUAAAGGUUGUUUGUUUAUUUCAGUUAGUUUUGAUAAAGGUUGUUUGUUUAUUUCAGUUAGUUUUGAUAAAGGUUGUUUGUUUAUUUCAGUUAGUUUUGAUAAAGGUUGUUAGUUUAUUUCAGUUAGUAUUAUUAAAGGUUGUUUGUUUAUUUCAGUUAGUUUUGAUAAAGGUUGUUUGUUUAUUUAAAACUAAAUAA